AUGGAUGAGGAGGUCGAAGACCUGCUUCUCAGUUCCUUUCUCGAGAUCCUCGAGAAGGCCAGGAUUGCCAUCGAUAAUGCCGACGACGGCGGCCACGAGGACAUGUCCCGGGCUGCGCAUGGCCUCGUCAAAGAGGCCGAGCGUGCCCGCAAGACCAUUGAGCCCAUUGCUCGACGCCAGCUCAGCCUGUACGGCAUCAACUUUGUCUCGGCCCUGAAGGAUCAUGAUGGAAUUGCCGAGCACAUCUUUGCCCUGACCGAGCUUGUCUACGUCUUUGAUGACUACACCACCGUUGACACCUUUGACAGCGAAAGAUACAAGGAUCUGGGCAAGCUAGCCCAGCAGACCACGCUGCGUGUCACGUCCAUCCUGAAGCGCAUGAAGCUGGAGGCACCCGUGGCGUCGCCUCUUGGUCCGCUCUUUCCGUCUGUCGUCUCGCACACGGACAGCAUCGGCGCGAGAAGCAGCUUCGCCAGCAACCUGGACAGCGUGGUUGCACCGAGUCCUCAUCCCAGCAGCGGCGAGCCGUUUGUCGACGGUCCCGUGGUUUCGCGACGAAACACCAUGGACUCAUUUCAGUCUGGGCCUUCCCAGACGCAGUAUGGCGACGAUCUGCCCGUGAUGGGCUCACAGAGCGGACCGGACCUCGGCUACAACGGCGGUCGGGCACCACGAACGGCCACCCGGUCUUUGCCGCCCUCAUUUCCUCCACCACCACCGCCGCUAUCGAGUCCACCGUCUCCCAUCCCGGAGAUCGUCCCCCCCGAGCCGAAUACCAAUCCGUGGCAGCUGGGCCAGCGGCCGGUGGACACCAUCCCCGAGGGAGAAGAGGACGAGACGACUGGCGGGCAACACGGCUGGGACUUUGCCGGAAAAGAGGCCCUAGUGGUGGUCGAGCGGCGGCGACGCGUUUCCACACGACCCGACUCGCCGACGCUGCCGGAUCUGUCGUCGUCUGCCCAGAGCCCAAAGAGCCUGCUGGCCUCGUCACCACUACCUCCGCCACCCCAGAUAGGCAUCCCCUCGCUGGCAGCAUAUUCGAUGAAGUCGGACGUGCAGCUCAUGGACGAUGCGGUCGACAUCUGGCAGGCACAGGUCGACGAGAGCGAACGCAAGUAUGCGCCGUCAGUCAGUACGUCCCCCCGAACCGUCACGUUGCACCUGCCCCAGGACUUUGCGGCUGCCGAGAUGCGGCCACUGUCAUCUCGGCAGCCCCAAUCACCACAUGCGCCUCUGUUGGUCUUUCCGCCAGCAGCACAGCGCCAGUCAAGGUACAGCACCAUGACGACGGCCACGACGGCCACGACGGCCAGCACGACCAACGGAUCCAUCUUCAGCAUAUCCUCAUACAUGGAUGAGCCCGGUCGGACACGCGAGUCGGGCACAGAGCCAUUCAGCCCCGGGUCUCCCGGUGGUGGGCUCGUGCCCAAUUUUGCGUCCUCAUUCGGGUCAGAGAGCCGGCUCAGCUCGUCUCCGACCGUGGCCGCCUCUCCUGCGCCGGAAAGGAGCCUGCCGCUGUUGCCGGGACAGGCUCCGGGACAGGCUCCGGGACAGGCUCCGGGACAGGUUCCAGAACGGGUGUCGGAACAGCCGGGCCUGGAGCCUAUCAAUCCGGUGGUGGCCAUUGACUCUGGUCUCAUCCCUGUGGAAUUACCGACUAGUUUGCGCGAGGCCAGCGAGGCCUUUGUUGCGCCUCGGCCUGCCGACUGCAACAUCGGGCCCGGCAGCUCGUUCCACCUGCUCAAGGGAUUCUGCGAAGGUGCCAAGGAGGUUCAGCGUGGGGCUGCUGGCGUUCGUCGGGUGCAGAAGCUGUCGUAUAGCGGUGUCGGCAGUUUUGCGGCCAAGUGUUCGCACUGCCUCUACGAGCUGCAGUGGACGGAGGUCGACAGAGACCGCAACAACGCGCCCGACGCAAAUUACAGGAUGCAGGGAAUCGGAUUCCGGCUCCGGUUUCUGUCCAAGAGCCACCUGCCGGCGAAGCAGAUCGACGCGCCGCUGUAUGCGUGCCUGUUCUGCAUGCAGGAGGGACGGACGAUAGAGCAGAGCGACGCGACGGUGUUCUUCAGCCAGGGUCAGCUGUUCAAGCACCUGGCACGGCAUCCGCGGCCGCUGCCUGAUGUGCCGGGGAUCACAGUUGUGGACGGGCUAGACCGGCCACCGGAGGUGCAGAACAACUACGACCUACACUUCUCGAUGCCGGCGGUGAACUCGGAGCUGGAGGGCAUCCGGCCGGAGCUGUCACAGCUGCCGACGGGCAAAGCGGUGGAGACGUUCCGAAAGAUGCACGGCUCGCUGCGGCGGCCGCCUGACGACACGUGGCCACACCAAUUUCCAGUGGGAGCCAAGCUGGUCGGGAUCGAGUUCCCGGUCAAGUACAAGGGCGAAUGGGGCGUGGGCUGGUAUGAUAACAUGCGGGCAGCGUUUCCGGCGGACAUGGUCCGGCUAGACACGCCGUCCAAGAGCGAGAUCCGGACGCAAGGCACGAGCUCGAUGCGGGUGGUGACACGGUGGAAGUGGGCUACGGGCAGCGCGUAUCGCGGCAGCGAGUGGCUUCGUCUCGACAAGAACGAGACGAUUACCAAUGUUGCAUAUGCCAGUCCUGCUCACUGGUGUUGGGCGGGCACCAACUCGCGCGGCAAAUGGGGGUACUUCCCACAGUCACACAUCGAGCCGAACUCACUGAAGGAGGUGGGCGGCAGCGAUAAGGGCAGCGUGUCCAGCCGCGAGAAGAUCAGCGCGAUAGGUGGCAGCAGCCUGGGCGCCGGCGGCUUCUUCAUGUCCCGAUUCCGCGGGAAUAACUCGCUGACCAACAGCAAUGGUGGAAACAGCAGUGGGUCGCUACGGCGACCGGGCAGUGUGGCCAGCUCGUCCACGUCAUCGAGUAGGUAG